UUAGGCCUGAAAAUAUUAUUCUUGUUAAAUAAGUUAGACCAAACCACAAUUAGGCAAAAGUGUAACCUUAGCAGUGAAGCUGAGAAACAGAAACAAUGGCUGGUAUAGGAAAAUGCUUCCUAGUGACAGGUCCUCCAGGUGUGGGAAAAACCACUCUUAUUAUGAAACUGUUCGAGACCAUCAAAGCCUCCAAUUCAACCCUCAAGGUUCAAGGUUUCUACACUCGUGAAGUUAGAGUUGCAAGUGAGAGGGUUGGUUUUGAAGUUGUUACUCUUGAUGGUCGCACAUGCCCACUUGCCUCAUCCAACUUUUCAAGCCAAGAGUCUCACAGAUGGCCUAAUGUUGGGAAGUAUAAAGUUGAUGUAGCAUCUUUUGAGUCACUAGCACUGCCUGAGUUGCAGGUUAGAGAAGACACCGAUCUUUUCGUCAUUGAUGAAGUUGGGAAGAUGGAGUUAUACAGUUCCUCAUUCUUCCCUGCAGUUCUAAAAGUUUUGGACUCAAAUAUCCCAAUUUUGGCUUCCAUUCCAGUUCCAAAAUUUGGCAGAGAUAUACCGGAAGUUGCAAGAUUGAGGAAUCAUGCAGGAGCAACUUGUUUUACAUUGAGUGUUGGUAACAGAGAUGCUGUUAGAGAACAGAUACGCUCGCAUUUGGAAGAUCUGUUGAUAAAGCACUAGUCAUUGCAAACUUGCUUUCUGCCGAUUUAGUGACACAUGUUACCUGUUGCGCCAGAUUUGUUGUGAUUAGUAUUCAUAUUUCAUAAUCAAAUGCUAGUCUUUUAAUAUAUCCUUACAUUGGACGAAGAAGAAAAUCCAUAUUUCUUUUUAAUUUGAUUGACUGCACCAGCUUUCUCAUCUUGUUGCUCUUCCUUCUCUGGUACUCUCUGGUUGUUUCCCUUCAUCUCUCUCACUCUUCCUGUAUAUUGGAUGCCCAAUAAAAUUAGCUAGUAUAUAUUAAAUCUCUUUAUCAUCUCCCUUUUUUCUUCUUCUUGUAAGCAAAAUAUCUUCUACUUAACUUGGUAUUUCUCCAAAUAAAUGUAAAUCAUACUUGAGUUA